UCCUGCCAAGCUGGGGCACUGGGAUGCCUGGAGCUGGCCCAGACAACCAGCAGAGCAGACAUCAGAGCAGAGGAGCUGUCCACGGUGUCUCUGCUCAGCUCCAGGACCUGCAAUGGGAGUCCCCAGAGCCUUUCUGCUCUGCCUCUGCGGGGCUGCACUCUGCCUGACAGAGUCCCAAGCCCUGCAGUGCUACAGCUUUCAGCACACCUACUUCGGGCCCUUUGACCUCAGUGGCAUGAAACUUGCCAACAUCUCCUGUCCCUCUGGAUGCUCUGAGGCUGUCAUGUCGCUGGACACUGGGUACCGCGCCUCGGUGACCAUGGUACAGAAAGGCUGCUGGACGGGCCCGUCCACCGGAGAGAUGCUGUCAAACGACUACGCGCUGCCGCCUGACUACUCGGUAGUGCGAGGCUGCACGACCGACUGGUGCAACGGUGACCUCAUGUCCCACGACACCAUCCCCAACCUGAGCCCAGCGCCCAACCCCCAGACGCUCAGCGGCGUCGAGUGCUACUCCUGCGUGGGGACCCGGCCAGAGGACUGCACCCCGGAGAAGUCCCGACGGGUCCAGUGUCACCAGGACCAAAGCGUCUGCUUUCUGGGCAAUGGCCGAAUGACCGUUGGCAAUUUCUCAGUCCCCGUGUACAUCAGAACCUGCCACCGGCCCUCCUGCACCAUCAUGGGCACCACCAGCCCCUGGACAGACAUCGACCUGAAGGGCUCCUGCUGUGAGGGGCACCUCUGCAACAGGGGCUCCAUGACCCUGCCCUUCACUACCGCUUCGGCCGCCACCCCUCCCCCGGCACCCCACAUUGCAGCCCUGCUCCUUGUGGUUCCCCUCCUGGUUGGCACACUGGGAGGAUCCCUCUGCCUCUCCCCGUAGACAACCCCUCCGGCCUCUUCAUGAGCAGGAUGCUUGGGGCAGGGCACACCCCCGCCAUCACUGCUUCAGCCCCCGUGAUGUGGAAAGUGAUGUCACACAAGAGGUGCAUUCCUGUCUGUCUCUCCCUCCCACUUCCCUACGGCAACCCUGCCCUCACCUGCUCAGCAGACCUGGGAGAAAUUGGGCAAGGUCCCCGGCAUCCCAGGGUGGGGAGGUGCAGCCACCUCCUGCACCUGAUGAAGAGCAAACCUGAGCACCAGCCAGGCCCCAGCACCCCAUGACCUUGCUUCCUGUGCUCCCCACCCGCACCCCCGGGAGCCUAGGGCCAGCUCCAGCAGGGAACUACAUGAUGUCUUUGUUAGUGUCAUCACUAGAGGCUGGAGAGGCAGUGUAUCAUUAAGUUAGGAGCCCAAACCCUGGAGCCAUGCUGAAUGGGUUUGAAUCCCAUCUCUACCUUUUAGCCUGCAGGGGACCUUGGGCAAGUUACUUAACCUCUCUGCACCUGUGUUUCCUCGCCUGUAAGGCGGAAGUGAAAAUAAAACCUAC